AUGCCGUUGGCUUCUGCUUUGUGCUGCUGGUGGCUGUGUGCUGGUGGCUCAGUGUGCUGUCUCCUGUGUGGGGGACUCAGGGAUGAAGAUCAGUACCUCCUGCGUCACUCCAGCCCAGCCUUGGACCAUGACUCACCCUGCGGACAGCACAUGCUGCUGGCUCACCUGGAGCACCAGGACAAGGAGCAGCUCCAACGCACCCUGGCCCGCCUGGAGAACGAGAACAGGGUGCUGCAGGGCGAGUACAGGCGGCUCAAGUGGAAGCACGAAGAGGCGGCGUCGGUUCCAAUGCUGACGGAGGCAGGAGAGGGCGGACCUGGUUCGCCCACGGCAGGAGGGCCGCAGGAUGAGGAGCUCCUGGCCGAGGCUCGGGUCCUCCGGCAGCACAAGACGCGCCUGGAGACCCGAAUGCAGAUCCUGGAGGACCACAACAAACAGCUAGAGUCUCAGCUCCGCCGGCUCAGGGAGCUGCUGCUACAGCCCAAAGAUGAUUCAGAAGCUAACGGAUCAGAACCGUCAACCCUGUCAUCUCCUGUGUCUGGAGUUGGUCACCAUGGGGAGCCGGCCAGCAGAGAGACUACUGACACCGAAGCAGCAGGAGAUGAUUUGGAGCAUGAGCAGGACACGGUGCUGCAGCUCCAGGAGGUUAUCGAGCAGCUGAGAAAUGUCUUCCCCUCAGAACCUGGCACCACCUCACACAUCUAACCCUGUGUGGGCUUGGAAAAACAGACUGCAAGCCUGAAAGGAUGCCUGAUGGCAGAGGGAGGAGCUCCAUGAGGCUGAGGUCAGGCCACAAUACACCCGGCCCUGCGACCACAGCAGCAUCUGUGACACUCAGAGCUUACCCUCUACUGGAACUCUGUGCACUAAAAGCCUUUUUCACGCAAACUGCUAAAAGGCUCACACUGAUGUCCUUUUGGCCAGGCUGUGCUUCAUAACUUCAGUAGCGCAGCCUGACACCAUGUUAACGAGCCAAAGGAAACUAAUGUUAGCAGCAGGUCAGGGAGAGACUAAAGCAAAGGAAAAUGCCCAGCCAACACACUGUGCUUACCAGUAUCUGUGUAGUCAUUCGGAGGUGUGAAGCUUUAUAUCAGUCCACAGCACAAAUUGAACCUUCCAUGAAAGGAACUUUAAAAAAUAUAUAUAAAUGCAAAAAGAAAUAGAAAGGAAACCCCCCCUUGUUUUGUCAAAAUGCCUGUGUCUUUAGUAUUUGUGUUUUUAUUUUCUCCUUGAAUGUGUUAUCAUGGUUGUUAUUUUGGAACUGUGAAGGGAGAUGGUGAGUUGAAGCUCGCUGGUGUAAACUAGAUCGGGGCUGGGCUGACUGUGUUUCAUGUGGCUGCGUGGUGCAGAUUGUCAAGGAGUUGACAGCACCCACAACAAGCUUAUUUACUUUGUGAGAAUGACACAUCAUCAGUUAAAUCCAUGAUUUAUUUAAGACAGCCAAAGUGCCCGCUAGCACAGCGCACACUGUGUUCCUCUAAUCCUCUCAAGCUGCUUGUCUCUCUCAUUGCUCGCCUCUCCUAAGUGAGCCCUUUACGCUCAUACAGAACCAGUUGCACUCAUUAUAUAUAUAUAUGUACACAGAAACACACACACACACACACACACACACCCGUAUGCUGCUACAUACAUACUUCUUAUUUACAGUACUCACCCUGCAUUAUCCACCAACAACAAAGGUCUCCCUGCAUGAUCAACAACACGUGCAUAAAUACAAAAUACAAGCUACACAGACUAAUGAAAAAUGGAGUUGCAUUUCAUCUCUUCCACUCGCAGGAGUUCUCUGUUUUGAGCCAGUUUGUGUUGUGGCUGGAACUGCGGUUUGUUGAGGAACUGUCUGCCGAUAAAUAUGAGCAAACAGGCCUCCACUCUGGGAUCUCAGUGUUCUCCUGCUGUGUGCCGAGAAAGAGAAAGGCGCUCCAGGCUGAAGCUAUCGUCCUCUCUGCUAGUCCAGUUCCAGACACUACAGGGAGGGGUACAAGGCACACCAACACAACGCAGUCCUACACUGACUUCAUCCUCAAUAAUCCCUUUGUUUAAUGUAGAUUUGAAAAGAACAGUAGCUAUUGACUCUACAUGUGUCAUUUUCCCCCUUGCUAAUUCACACUUAAUUGCUUUUAGAUUUACAUAAGGAUGUGUUGUUGAAAUGGCUUUGCCCUCAUCAUGUCAGGGUCGUGGAGUGCAGUCUGCUCUAAACAUAGCACAGUCAAUGAAUGCCUUAAAACCAAACUGAAUCCAUGUAGGACAAGAGUACGUCCGACUGGACUUUUUUUGUUGUUAUAUUUUACAUUCAGGGAAGGGGGUCGCAUGCAGUAUUUGUGUACGAGAGUGUGUCAGUCUGUGGAUGGCCCUGUGGUUGAUUGGAAGUGAAAGAAAGAAUGGAAAAGUGUGGAUCACAUGUGAACAACCAGAGGUUGAAACCAGCUAAGUAAGGCUUUUGUGAGUGAACCCAUGAUGCAGGGGAUGCUUGGAGGGACUAAAGAUCUGAGAAACAAGAGAGGAAAGGUAGAAAAAAAAGCCCAAUCCAUUCAUUGCUUGAGGGCUCGAGGGAGAGAUCCACUUUGAUGUGCCUGCCACAGCAAAAUCUCCAGAAGCAGGACUACAGUUUGCCUGAAACAAUGAAGCUUUGGCUGUGUGUGUUUUUUCUGCAAUCUUACCACCUAAUUCUGACUGAAAGAAAGAGAUAUAUACACACAGACCUUAAAAAAGGCACCCUGACCUCUCAUACAUGAGACUGAAAUCCAUGCGCUGCAUUCAUUAUGGGCUCCCCCUCCAGGCACAUCGCACUCACAUUUGACACCGUUCUCCUCAGCACUCGCUGCUUGUUAGUUUUGAUACUGUUGCUAGGGAACUGUCCCCAAGGACGCAGCUCCGCAGGUUUGUGAGUUGCAAAGGUGAUGUGCCGUUCAUAAUAAAAAUGCUAAUAGCCUUAAGGGAAGCGAGAGCAAGCGCCUUGUUUCCCAAACACAGCUCUGCUUGUCUUCACUUCCACCUCCACUGAAGCCUGCCACUGCUGAGCUGCUGAAGAAAGUCAUUAUUACCAUUAUUUGUUGAAUCCUUCUCGGCAUCAGCACCGCUUAAAGACUUGUUUUGUUAAAACUCUCUCAAGUCAGAACAAAGAGCAGCUGCUCUGCUCAUGGGAGGCAGAGAAAAAAAGACAAGUAAUGUUUAUUCAUAGACAUUUAUCUAUUGGUAUUUACACAUCUCAUUACACAUUGAUGAUUACCCAUCACCCUCAGUAUCUUUUGUAUGUGGGUAUGCAAAAUGAUGUAAUUUCACAAGUUGUGAAAAAGAGGAGGAGGCUUUCCCCACAGGGCUGCAUGUCAACAUUUGUCAUAUUUAUUUUAAGAGCAUAUAGAGGUGGCAGAAUGACAUAAAUACACUAGGUGGUUGUGUGACGAACUCGCAUUGCUAUUCACAGUUUGUCCUCUGUGCUGCUGUUUGACACCACCACGUAAAUGGAUGGUGGUCCCGCUGCAGAGGAGUCACACAGCCAGUGUCAUCUCUGUGCGAUCAUCUGAGGUCUGAUCCAUGUACGUCUUUCUAUGCUGCUGCUCCCUAUAUUACCCUCUGCACACUCGUACACACACCCAGCUCCCUGUGGCAUGACUGAAGCUGUGUGAUUGAAGAGAAAAGGCUCUCCACAGAGGCAAAGGGUCACCUCGGAGAACACUAUCUCCAUCCUGACAUCCGUUACUGCAUAUGUGUGGCCGACACACUAACAACCCCUAUCAUUAUUCUCCUGCCCUUUCACCAGAAUCCCCCGUGUGUUUCCCGUUAUGCAUCUGAACAUGUAACAAAGACACAUGUAUGUCACACAACACGUAACAAUAAAUCAUUUCACCUCAAGCAAGGUGUUGAUAGCACUAACACAUAUAUAAAUGUAUAUACACACUCAUACCUUACUGGUCAACUAAGGUUUCUCUCUUCUUUUUUUUUUUAAUCACCAUUAAUACCUCAUUAAUCAUUCAAAUUUAUAUGGUUUAACGGUUUUAUUUUCUGUUAUCGUCCAGAACUCAAACACUUCUUUCUGUCUUUUCUCUGGAGUUUUUAAUCUGUAUAAAAAGUUUUGUGAAGAAAGGCUUUUUACUGUAAUAACAAGUGGGUUACUGGCUGCUUUCUACUCUUUGUGUACAGAAAUAAAAACUUUGUAUUUGGCAAA